CUGCACCUAAAUGACUCCCCUGCUGCUGUCCUUCUCCUGUCCAGUGCCCACCUGGACCCUGCAUUCACUAUAUCUGGUCUCCCACAGACCCUGCAUUCACUAUAUCUGGUCUCCCCGGACCCUGCAUUCACUAUAUCUGGUCUCCCCGCCCCUGCAUUCACUAUAUCUGGUCUCCCCGGACCCUGCAUUCACUAUAUCUGGUCUCCCCGGACCCUGCAUUCACUAUAUCUGGUCUCCACAAACACUGCAUUCACUAUAUCUGGUCUCCCCGGCCCCUGCAUUCACUAUAUCUGGUCUCCCCGGACUCUGCAUUCACUAUAUCUGGUCUCCCCGGACACUGCAUUCACUAUAUCUGGUCUCCCAGCACCUUGCAUUCACUAUAUCUGGUCUCCCAGGACCCUGCAUUCACUAUAUCUGGUCUCCCCGGACUCUGCAU